GUCACAGCCAGCAGACUAUGUAGAUGUCGCUGCACCACAAGAGUGCGACUUAACUUACAUAUAUAUCGUCUUAUAUCAAUGCUUUGUAGUGGAUCACACUAAAAGAGAUAGUUCUUCUGCUGUCGUAUUUCUAUCCAGCUAGCACGUUUUAAAUACUAGGCAGUUGAAACACCAACUGGUAUCCUGUUGCCUAGUGGGACAUCUUAUGAACUGAUGUAUUUACAUGAGAUUGAGGUUGUGUGUUUGCUCGCUGUUUGACGCAGUAAAUCUGACUCUAACAACUAAGUGCAAAGACAUCUAUUUCAAAUAUGUAUUUAACAUUAUGUCAAUUUAUGGACAGGUAUUUCCCUGGAGGCGGUCUUGGUCUGUUGGCGUCUUGUGCUGUGGUUGUCUUGACCAGGCUCGGUUCAUCCUUACUUUACCGCAGACGUACAAUGUCUGGCGUGCGCGAAAAGAUACAAGUCAGGCAGUCCAAAGCUAAAGAAACGUUUGAAAAAGUGAAAUCCGUGCUUCAAAAGUCCAAGGUGGAUACGUGGAUAGUUGAUAUGCCGUUUGCCGAGCUCCAGGAGAAACUACAGAAAGGACAACUCAAGCCAUCGCAAGUUCUUCUGGCAUUUCAAGCCAAAGCCCUUGAAGUUAACGAAGACCUUAAUUGUAUCACAGAGUUUAUCACUGAUGCUCAGUCCAGAGCAGAACAACUGGAUGCAGUAAGUCCUGGCGAGGUUGGUCCUCUUUACGGCAUCCCUGUAAGUCUCAAGGAGGUGGUUGGCUUACAGGGUAACGACUGUCACGCGGGCUGUAGUUUUCUUAUCAAUAAGAUGAUGUGCGAAGACAGCAUUGUCGUCAAGAUGUUGAAAACAUUGGGUGCUGUACCAUUUUGUCGAACUAACGUGUCACAGGCACAGAUGAGCUUAUCCUGCAACAAUCCUGUGUAUGGGGAAACCCGAAACCCCAUUCAACGCCAUCGCACCUGUGGAGGCUCCAGUGGUGGCGAAGGCGCUCUGAUCGGCGGUGGAGGUUCAGUGUUAGGAGUCGGCUGUGACUUGGGCGGCAGCAUCAGAGUUCCCUCUCAUUUCUGUGGUACAGUUGGAGUGAAGGGCACCCCAAAAAGAAUCUCAGGCGCUGGUAGCUGUCCGUUGGGUCAAGAAAUAGUAACAGUGAGUGAGGUGUACGGCCCUCUUGGUAGAGACGUUGAUGCAGUUCUAGCUUUCUACAGUUCAAUGCUAAGUCCAUCUGUGUGUACUAUGGACCCUCUCAUCCCUCCUUUACCAUGGAGACAUGAGCUGUACACCAAGACAUCUCCUAUGAGAAUUGGAUUCUACACUCACGAUGGUUGUGUGCUCCCAGUCCCAGCUGUAGUCCGGGCAGUCCAUCUGGCUAAAAGUGUCUUGACACAGCUUGGACACACUGUUGUAGAGUUUAACCCUCCAGAUGUCUUGAAAGCUUUAGAAAAAUUAUUGCUACCAAUCGUGUGUGGAGAUAAGUGUCAAACUUUGAAAGAAAAUCUAUCCAACGAUCUUGUGGACCCGGAUUUGAAAGAGACUAUCUCAUUGUACAGCUCACCUUUAUGGCUUCGAAAAUUGUACUCCAAGUUGUCCAAUCCUCUGCACCCCGUUUCGAAAGCCUGCUUAAACACUAAAUUGCCAGGGUCAGUGGCCAAUUGGUGGAAACUAAAUGAAGAACUGGAGGCAUAUAGUAGAAAGUUUGUCAAGGAAUGGCAAAGCCUGGGUCUAGAUGGAGUCAUUUGUCCACCAUUUCCCUACACAGCUUGGCCGUUAGAUAAUGGGGAAAAGGGCUUAUUGGGCUUGAUGUACACUGGCCUAUACAAUGUACUGGGGUAUCCCUGUGGAGUGUUGCCUGCAACAGUGGUCACGGCAGACGAUGUGAUCAGCAUGAAACAAUAUCCAAACAGUAAUGAUGGGGAUAAAUAUAUACAACAGAUCACUGUAGGAUCUGAAGGUUUGCCAAUUGGUGUUCAAUGUGUGGCUCUACCGUAUCAAGAAGAAACGCUGCUUCGGAUAAUGAAACAAUUGGAAACUGGGUUGAGGGAACAUAAAAUUUGAGCCUCUUAUUUACGCAGUCUAUUCGCAACAUUAACCUGGUAAUACUGUAACCUACACGCUUGUACGUUCCGACUAUACAUAUGUUGGAUGUUUGUAAUUACUUUCCAGACCAAAUUCAUUCACUAGAAACUCAUCAAUAUUCAUGUCAGGUCAUCGGGACUUGAGCAAUCAAAUAUUUUCAAUAAUGAGCUUGUUUCCUUAAACCUUUUUUAAAAUUAUUUUUAUAUAAAUAUAAUUUUCAUUUCUACUGAUGUUAAUGCAAAGAUACUGAUAAACCAUAGCCCACAGUCUUUUUUUCACCUAAUGUCACUCUAACAUUUG